AUGCCGUCGACACCUCAAGAUUCACCGCACGAUCUGCUCGCUGAUGGUCAUGAAGCUGAUCUUGGUGUUGCCCCUCAUACGCAACGCCUGGAUGAGUUUGCGUGUGUUAUCAACAGGAACUUCUCCGACCCAGCCGGCCAAGUUACAUACAAAAAGGGCAUGCAGGGCCGUCUUCUUGGGGAACAUACAAGUCAAAAGGGAACUGCAAUGGCCAAGAUAUUCAUUCAGGGUGUUACGGAGGGCUCAGGGUUCACCAACAGAUACGUUCCUCGAGACUACAUCGACAAGGGUCCGCCAUGGCAGGCCAACAUCAACGACUGGAAGAUAGAAAUGAAUCUUCUUACAGGAACUUUUGACGCUCAAGGCUGGAACACAUCACACCUACCAGAUACGACUACGCUCGGCAAAACCAUUGCAAAACUUAUCACAGCCUUUCGGAAAUCGCCAGCAAACUUCAUGGAGGGAAGGUUCCCGACCUUUGUUGACACUCAUGGCAUCAACAAGCUCACCUACAUGAUCAUCGAUGGCAUCAAGAAAGCAGGGCUAUAUGCAGUGUUGACAAGAUCUGAUGGGAGCUUUACCAAAGAUGAUCUGAUCAAUGCCGCGAAAUACACAAUCACACCGGGAUGUUCUUUUGAGGAACGAGGCAUUUAUGGCAGGUUUCAUCUCACCGGUUCAGUCGCGCCUUAUUGGAAACCCGCAACAACCUACGGCUAUGUCGGCAAGUCAGUCAACAUGGUGGAUCAAUAUUCACAACAUGAAAGAGAUGCAACAACUACAUACGGCGAUCUUACACGAAGCUCUGAAUAUGCCAUGAUCGCACUCUGCAUCCUACCUCCGCAGGCUAAUAGCGGACUCCUGUUUUUGGCAGAACAAGUACUUGUGUGCUUAUUACAGACAUACAGACAAACUGUUUAUGAUGCCAACCCCGAAAUACGCCGGAUUGAUCUCCAGAUGGCCGCGAAGUACUUCGUCGAUAUUUCGGAUGCAACCUUUCGUCUCACUGGAUGGUGUGGUGCUGUUCUUCGACCUUCAUUUGGCGUACAGUGUGGUGCCAACCUUAGCUCACCUCUGUUAGAGUAUUGCGACAACACCGACAAAUUACUUUUCGUUCGCACAGACUCUGUCAUCAAAGAUGUCUUGACUGGACGAUCAACUCCCAUAUCGGUUUUUCGUCGCUCAACCCCGAGAACUGUCACUGCCACCAGCAACUCACCACGCGUCGUGGCGUUUUGCAAGAGGUCAGGUACCAAAUUGGUCAUCUCGUUUUCUUAUACCAUCGACAGAGCAGACGAAUCCUUUGCACCUCUUCCUGGUACACCACAUCAAGUUGUUUUCGAGGUUUACAAAGACGGCACGCCACAUCCACACUCAUGGACACGACUUUGUGACAUAGGCCGCUUCAAGAACUGGGACCAGGCGCGUUCCUUUGCCAUCCGGAUCGAAUGGGAACACCCGCCAAACUCGGGGAAGUGGUUGUCAAAAUACAUACAUGCAGGGAAGCCUCGCGGUAGUCAGUCUUGGGGCAAAGCAACAGGUGCUGAACACAUACCCGGAGCCCUUGAGCAUUACGCGAAAGGCAUCAGCUUCCUCCAGUGGCUAUUCGACGCACCUCCGAACCAUAAUCACCCCUGGAUUGCCAGAUGGAAAGGUUCUGCGCGCGUCAUACAAUCUAACUACGAUUCUAUGAAUCAACGCAUCAUUCUCAAAAUCCCUACUGAGAAAAUCCGGAUGAUCGUUGGUCGGGUGAGGAAAGACAAAGAGAUCAUAGCUCAGAUGAAAGACAAGAAGUACUGCCUGGAGAACGUGGACGGUCAAUUCGGCGAGUUCGGCGGACAGUCGAAUGACGAUUCCUCAAAUAGGAAGGAGUGUGAUUGUUGCACCUUGAAUCACCCCCAAACCAGUUCUUCGGAUGGGGGCACUUGUAAGCAAGUAGGGAAUAGCAGAGUGUGCAAGAAUUGCGAACAUAUGGGCCGACCAUGCUGUUCGUGGACUUCGGCUCUCAGGAGCUCCAAUUCUGCUGUCCAAAUGAGCCCAGAGGACGAAAAACUUGCGCACACCAUUACCGCUGCACUACUCAGCCGACCUUUGGCCACAACCUCCAACAACCAGGUCUCAUUUACGCAAACCCUGCGACCUUUUUCGACUUCAGACAAGCAGGAGGGCGACGGAAGCGAUGACGAACCCGAAGAAUAUGAAGACAUGGACGAGGAGGAUAUCUGAAUGACAUGGGCUGGGGUCUAUACGAGCGAAGUGGAAAUCUACCCCAGGCAUAUACCGGGAAUUUUGAGGCACACAAGUUACAUGCAGAAUAUAGUCUGUAGUUGUCCAG